GAUAACUUCGUCAACCAAUAAGGAUUGCUGUCUCGCCUUAGGCGAACCGUCCUAACUCCGCCUCCAGCCAGUUUUGUGCGCACAGCGUCAUACCCGUCCUAUUUUACUAAAACCGAAAAGCCGAGCCGCGCUCAAGGUCUCACGCCGAUACUGAACAAAAGUCACCGGCUCGCCGAGGCACCACCCCAGGGCAAGCUGGUCCUCGGCCCAUUGGCCAGUCCUCAUGAUUGACAUCCUCUAGACCAAUGGCCUUCUGGUCUGGAGGGCGCGUUUCCCACACUGGCCUAUGAGAGUCUGCUUCGGCCCAGCCAAUAGGGUUGAGGCAGGGGCGUGGCGGGAAGUUUGAAACUCCGGGCUUGGGGAGUUGUGGCUCGAGCUGGUGGUGGUCUCCCAGAGGUCGGCCUGGGGCCCCCGUAAGUGAUGCGGAUAAAUUAGUGGGCACUUCCGAGGCCCCCGCAGACCUGAAUGCGCCGCUGGAAAGUUCCGCCCCUUAUCCCCGUCAGAGGUCUCUGGGCCACGGAGCCUGAGCCGGGCCCCGUCGCCACCCCUAGUGGAGAUGGGUUCUACUCAGAGCAUCUCAGGCACUCCAGCGCGGCCUCUGCCACACAACAAGCAUCUGGCCCGGGUAGCGGACCCACGUUCACCCAGUGCUGGUAUCCAGCGCACCCCUAUUCAGGUGGAGAGCUCUCCACAGCCAAGCCUACCGACAGAACAGCUGAACAGUCCCAAACAAGCUCAAGACCCAGACCCCCGCUCUCCUACUCUUGGUAUUGCACGGACGCCCAUGAAGAUAGGUGGUGCAGACCCUCAGAGUCCACUGGUGAAAGAGCUGAGUGAGGUGUUUGAGACUGAAGCCUCCAGAUCCAUUUCCCCACCAGAGCUUCCUCUGCCCCAGCAAACACCUCUGUCUUCUGAACUGGACCUGCCUUUGGAUACUCAGUUAUCCCUUGAGGACCAGUUGCUGCCUUGGAGCCAGACUGAACUCCCCUCCAAACAGGAGUUUACCAAGGAGGAGGCUAAACAAUCCACAGAAACCAUAAUUGCCAGCCAGAACUUGGAGAAGCCCUCAAGAGAUCCUGAGACUCCCCAGUCUUCAGGUUCUAAGCGCACUAGACGGAAAGCAAACAGCAAGGUGCUUGGGAGAUCUCCUCUCACCAUCCUGCAGGAUGACAACUCCCCUGGGACUCUGACCUUACGGCAGGGUAAGCGGCCUUCUCCUCUAAGUGAAAAUGUUAAGGACCUAAAGGAAGGAGUCGUUCUUGGAACUGGAAGAUUUCUGAAAACUGGAGGAGGAGGAGGAGCAUGGGAGCAAAGCCAGGACCAUGACAAGGAAAAUCAGCAUUUUGCUUUGAUGGAGAGCUAGGUCCAUGUUGGGUUCACCCAGAUCCUGGUGAUAGUCUGUGUUCUUCACCCCUUCCCCAAGGGCACUGAGGAAAGUCUUGUUUUCUGGUUCCUCCCAGGCUACCACCUCUGGUGCUUGGACCUUUUUUGUUUUGUUUUGUGUGUUUCUUGUACAGUAAAGGAGAUGAUUUUAAAUAAUGCUUUAGGAAAUUAGACAAAGCUGCACUGGAUCUUUUGUGUGGAGAAUGGCAGCCCGGGGGUCUGUGGGCCCCGGGUUUAUCUCUCUGCUGUCACUUCUGAGUCUCUUUUCUAUGCUGUACGUUUUGAUGUUCCCCAAGGGUUUGCCUUGGCCCCUCUCUCCUCUUCCCCUUUUGUUUGGGCUUAGCUAUUACCUGCUUUUGAGAACUUUCAGGUCCCUCUCUCACCCUAACUUUUAUUCAGCUGCCACAUAAGCACUCAACAUUAGUUCCCUUAAAAUAAAAUGUAUGAUCUUUCCCUAAA